CUCAAUUCGGUUCAGCUCGAAAUGACAUGGGCACGUUUUUAAGAUCAGUAUGGAAUAAAAUUGUAAACAAAGAUCGGUUACAUAAAGCUGCUGCGGAAGGGGAUCUUUCAAAGGUUAAGGAGCUCCUUUCGGACAUUGAAGUUAAUCAGCGGGAUAAAAAUAACAGGACGGCAUUGCAUAUGGCUGCUGCUAAAGGACAUGUAGAAGUUAUCCGUUUUCUUGCAGAACACAAUGCAAAUCUCAACUUGUGGGAUAAUUAUGGAGAAACGCCUCUUAUGACAGCUGUAACACGGCAGAAACGAGAGUGUGCAUUUUUACUGUUGGACCUGGGUGCAGACACAGGCAUUGUAAGUCACCAUGAGGACACAGUUUUGCACCAUGCUGCUGCAGCAUCUGAUAUUGCCUUGGCCGCAAGACUGCUUGAGAUAAAAACAAUGGCAAAAAACAUUGAUUUCAAAAAUCGGGAUCUGUAUACUCCUUUACAUCUGGCAGUAGCUUGGAAUCAUAAAGAAAUGGUCGAGUUUCUACUGAAAAUGGGAGCUGAUAUAAACUCUGUCUCUGUUUAUAAAAGGACUCCUUUAAUGUUUGCUGCCAUAUAUGGAUAUCCCAGCAUUGUUAAACUGCUUUUGCAGUAUAAUGCAGGGAUAUGUGUGACAGAUGUUGAAGGAAUGACUGCAAAUGAUUUUGCCCUGAUGCUUAAAAAUAAUGAAUGUUCCAAGAUAAUAAUGGAAUAUGCAGACAUAAAGGUCUUCCCAAAAUGUAAUUGUUACCAUUGUUGUGAGCAGUGGGUUCCUGUUAUUGAAAUGAAAAAGCCAGCUAUUUUACGGAAAAUGCUUCGGUUACAGAAGGAAGGGUCUUGGCCCUAUAUGUGUAGCAUAUGCCUGUUUGUGAAGGCAGUGCUCAUUCCUUGCCUUGUGCCACAACUGAACUGUCUUUACCCUGCCCAUUUUCUUGAUCCAGAGUCGCCUGAUCAGAAGAGACAUCUGUUUCUAGAUGGACCGUACUGGACAGGCCUCCCUGUUCUUGCUUCUGCAGAUCCUCCUAGGUAG